GCGCAUGCGCAGGAGGAACUUCCUUUUUCCAGUGCAGCGAAGACAAGGGCUAGCCUUUGGCUUCGAGCUCCUUUUAAAGGAGAUUAAAAGACUGCAAAAUGGGUUUUGUUAAAGUGGUGAAGAACAAGGCCUACUUCAAGAGGUACCAGGUCAAAUUUAGGAGGAGGAGAGAGGGAAAGACUGACUUCUUUGCUCGCAAGCGCCUUGUUAUUCAGGAUAAGAACAAGUACAACACACCCAAGUACCGCAUGAUUGUCCGUUUCACCAACCGGGACGUCAUCUGCCAGAUUGCCUAUGCCAAAAUUGAGGGUGACAUGAUCGUGUGCGCUGCCUACUCACACGAGCUACCAAAAUACGGAAUCACUGUGGGUCUGACAAACUACGCAGCAGCUUACUGCACUGGUCUGUUGCUGGCCCGCAGACUUCUGAACAAGUUUGGCCUGGAUAAGGUGUAUGAAGGCCAGGUGGAGGUGACGGGUGACGAGUUCAACGUGGAGAGCAUCGACGGCCAGCCAGGCGCUUUCACCUGCUACCUGGAUGCUGGGCUCGCUAGAACCACCACUGGCAACAAGGUGUUCGGUGCUCUGAAGGGGGCGGUGGAUGGAGGCCUGUCCAUCCCACACAGCACCAAGCGCUUCCCUGGGUAUGAUGCAGAGAGCAAGGAGUUCAACGCAGAGGUCCACCGUAAGCACAUCAUGGGCAUCAACGUGUCCGAGUACAUGAGCCUUUUGAUGGAGGAGGACGAGGAGGCUUACAAAAGGCAAUUCUCCCGCUUCAUCAAAAACGGAGUCAACCCAGAAUCGAUUGAGGCAAUGUACAAAAAGGCUCAUGCCGAUAUUCGUGCAAACCCUGUUCAUGAAAAGAAGCCUCCCAAAGAAGUCAAGAAGAAGAGGUGGAACCGGGCCAAGCUCUCUCUGGCUCAGAGGAAAGACCGAGUCGCCCAGAAGAAGGCCAGCUUCCUUCGAGCUCAGGAACAGGAGGCUGAUGAAUAAGAUGUCUACUUUGUUCCAAACGCAGCGAUUUGUUCUAAAUAAAUAUGAAAAGGAGUCGG